AUUGAUUAGCAUUGAUUUCAUUUAGCAUUUAAUACAAUGUGUGUUCAGAUUUAAAAUACAUUGAUUUACUGUUAAAUGCCAUUUUUGUAUUGAAAGGACAUUUAAAAAAGUGUAACCAUAUAUUUGUAACAAAAGUUGACAAAACAAACACUACUUCUCAACACAAACACAGUUCACAUGAAUUAGUGCUCAAACUGUUUGAGUCAAACAAAUUGUGCUCUAUUUUAGUGGCAAUCGUUUUGAACUGAUUUUUAAACAUAAAAUUGUUAUCAAUUCAUAAAAUUGAUGUGAAAUACAGAUAAUAACCAAACGAUUGAUUGUAUUAUUCAUAACUCGUUUCAUAAUAACUAUAACAGCGAUGGAAAUGAGUAUCAAAUGGGAGUUAAAAGAGAUGUUUGAUUCACUGAUAUCAGCGCCGAAAUACCAUUUGGCUCUCGAGGGAUGUCUUGUGAUGUGUGUCUUAUGGCUGUUGUUUCACAAGAGCUAUAAACCCGAGUCCACUAAACUCACCGAAAAGGAGAAGGAAGAGCUGAUCGCCGAAUGGACGCCCGAACCACUGGUUCCCGACACCCCUUCAGACCAUUACGCACUCAAUCCACGGAUUGUGACCUCGAAGUUAGGCAAACGUAUUGUCAUCGAUGGUCACGAUUGUCUCAAUCUCUCCACUCAUAACUACUUGGGUUUUGUCGAAAACGACAAAUGCAUUGAAUCGGCGAUCAAAGGUCUUCGCAAGUAUGGCGUCGGCUCUUGCGGUCCGAGAGGUUUCUACGGCACAGUCGACAUUCAUCUGGAGUUGGAGUCGAGAUUAGCGAAGUUUAUGGGCGUCGAGGAAGCGGUUCUGUAUUCGUACGGCUUCUCUGCCAUAUCGAGCGCUAUUCCCGCCUAUUCUAAAGUGGGAGACGUUAUCUUUGUUGACGAAGGCGUCAACUUUGCGAUACAACAGGGAUUGAUUGCCUCCAGAAGUAAAAUCAAGUUCUUUAAGCACAACGACGUCGAGGAUCUGCACCGACUCCUCUUAGAACAGGCAGAUAUUGACCGCAAAAAUCCGAAGAAAGCGAAAGUCACGCGUCGUUUCCUCGUUGUCGAAGGCCUUUAUAUCAAUUACGGCGAUAUCUGUCCUCUGCCUCAACUCCUCGAACUGAAGAAGAAAUAUAAGGUUCGGAUGUUUAUCGACGACACGUGCGCUCUGGGAGUGCUCGGCGCUAACGGACGCGGAGUUGUCGAGCACUUUGGCGUCGCUGUCGAUGACAUUGACAUGAUUUGUGCCACUUUGGAGAACGCGAUGGCAGCGUAUGGAGGCUUCUGUUGCGGCACCAGUUUUAUUGUGGACCACCAAAGACUCUCAGGACUCGGCUAUUGCUUCUCCGCGUCAUUACCUCCACUACAGGCGGCCGUCGCUCUCACUUCACUCGAGACCAUCGAAAACAACAAUUCCGUGAUCGAGAAGUUGCGCCAAAAUUGUCAAUCCAUGCAUUCAUUACUCAAAGACAUUCCGUAUGUGAAAGUGUUUGGCGAACCGAUAGCACCCAUCAAACAUUUGAGAUUCGCUAACAAUACCAAUGAUCAUAAACUUGAGACCAAGAAGUUGGAGAAAGUGGUCCAAAUCGCACAAGAGAGAGGGUAUGCGCUGACAGUGGCCAGAUAUCUAGAUGACAGCGAGCACUUGUUGCCCAAACCGAGUAUUCGCCUCAUUGUGAACGCCAUUCUCAACGACCAAGAAAUGAAAGAAUCGGCUGAAAUGAUCAGUCAAUCAUUUGAAUCUGUUUUAAAUUUAUAUUAAUUUUUAUUUAUUAUUUUUCGAUGCAAUCAAUCAUUGAAUCGGUGUUUGAAUAAUUCCACAGAAAAAUAAGUCAUAUUUAUUGUAAUAAAAAAAAUAAUUUAAAUUAAAACACAAAACUUUCGAUUACAAGA